CAAUAUUGUUAUUUAGUUUGAUUUUAAUAGUAGGCCUAGUUUCUACUGUUUCUAGUUUCAUUCAGUACUCAAAAUUUGUUAUAGGCUAGGUUAAAUGAAAUGUUCGAAUUCAAACAACAUUUUUAUUUUUAGUUUUUGAAAAUUGGUUUAACUUAGGCCUAUCUAUAGGCUAAUUAUGAAAGGGAUGUUUUUUAUGAAUUCUCUUCUAUGGUGAUGGUCUAAUUAAGUUAUGAAUUAAAAAAAAACGUUCGUUUCUAGAUAAUAACAUGAAAUUAAAUAUAGGCUACAAUUCAGUUUCCUGAUGAAGUUUUAUUAGGUAGGUAUAAAUGACCAAUUAGUAGCCUAUAUAUUUUUUUGCCAAAACAGUGUAGCCUAGCAUAGUCUACAGCAGCAGGAUGAAAGUUCUAGAACUCUUCAGUGGCAUUGGUGGCAUUCACUAUGCAUUAGAAGCCAAUGGAAUCGCCGUUGAAGUUCUUGCUGUUGAAAUCAACCCCAAUGCCAGUAAUGUGUAUUUACACAACUUUUCAAACUCUCGUUUACUGCAAAAAAAUAUCUUAUCUUUGGGUGCCAUAGAGUUGAAUAAGUUCUCCCCCGAAGCUCUACUUAUGAGCCCUCCAUGUCAGCCUUUCACCAGAGUUGGACUGAGAAAAGAUCUUGAUGAUGCUCGUUCAGAUCCUUUGAAACAUAUUUUAUCAUUCCUUCCUGAAAUUACGUCUUUGAAAUAUAUCUUUGUUGAGAAUGUUAAGGGAUUUGAGAGCUCUGAAGCCAGAAAUAAGUUGGUAACUUGCUUGAAAAAUUUGCAGUUUGAAAUUCAAGAGUUUAUUAUCACGCCAACUCAAAUAGGGUUUCCCAACAUGAGAAACAGAUACUACUUACUGGGAAAGAAAAAGCCGCUUCAAUUUGGCUUCAAGACAUCAGAAAUUAUGACGGAACUCCCUGAAGAAUUAGAAGAAAUUGUAAAGUCGUUAAACCAGAAGUUCCCCGACGUAAAAGUGGUCGCUGAUGUGCUCGAGAUGGACGAUGUAACAAGCCGAGUUUAUCAAGACCAUUUACUGACAGAAGAUUUAGUGAAGAAAAGACUCCGGGUGAUGGAUGUUGUUUGUAAAGACGCUGACAAGACUUGUUGUUUCACAAAAGCGUACGGACGUUAUGUAGAAGGGACCGGAUCAGUGUUCUGCCCACUUGCCCGGGAGGUGUUGCAGAAAUUGGUGACCGUCAAGUCACAAGACGUUGAUGAUGCUACAAUAAGAUCCCUGAACUUGAGGUAUUUUACCCCAAGAGAAGUCGCUCGACUGAUGAGUUUUCCCGAUGAGAGAUUCACAUUCCCUCCCAACAUUACAAGACAACAACGGUACAAACUGUUAGGUAACAGUGUUAACGUUAAAGUUGUUGCAUUGUUGUUGAACAUUUUAUUCCAUCAGCCUGUUCUUUGAUUAAAGUAUACUUUA